AUGGAGGAACUUCUUUUACCGAGCGGCGAGGAGGACCGGCGCUCCGACCACAGUUCGUUCACUCCGGCAGAAACAGAGAAGACGAUGUGGGAGCGAGUCAAGAAUUUCCCCCAGUUGAUGUUGAACGUGGUCGUCUUUCGGAGUAUAGGGAAUUUCUUCAAGAGGAACGGGCUGCUGACACUGUCGGUUGUGGCCGUGCUCACCGGCUGCAUGCUGGGCUUCAUGCUGAGAGGAACUCAGCUGUCCACACAGGCCAAAAUCUACUUCUCCUUUCCUGGAGAGCUGCUGAUGAGGAUGUUGAAGAUGCUCAUCCUUCCUCUCAUCACAUCCAGUUUGAUGUCGGGUUUGUCGUCGAUGGAGUCGAAGGCUUGCUGUCGGAUGGGCGUCCUCACCGUCACCUACUACCUGUGGACCACCUUCAUUGCCGUGGUGGUCGGUAUCAUACUCGUCAUCAUCAUCAAACCCGGCGUGGGGUCAGGUAUGGAGAGCAACCGGCUGGGCGGCGGGCCCGUCAUGACUUCCGCAGACGCUCUGCUGGACCUCAUCAGGAACAUGGUUCCCUCUAAUCUGAUCGAGGCCACAUUUCAGCAGUACAAAACGGACCUGGUUCCCAUCCUCAUAGCCCCGAGCAGAACCAUCCAGCCCAACUUUGUGUACGUGAUGCCCGACGACAGCUACCCCAAAGGUCGGACGGUGUACUUGGAGCUAACGCCGGCGCCGGAGAUCCUGUACAAGACGAGUCCCGGCAGCAGCCAGCAGAUGAACGUCCUCGGCAUCGUCAUCUUCUCCGCCACCAUGGGUUUGCUGCUCGGCAGGAUGGGAGAGCGAGGAGCGCCGCUGGUCAACGUCUGUCAGUGCAUCAACGAGUGCGUCAUGAAGAUCAUCAACGCUGCCGUGUGGUACUUUCCAUUUGGUAUCAUCUUCCUGGUUGCGGGGAAGAUCCUGGACAUGCAGGACCCGAGCACGCUGGGGAAGAAGCUGGGCUGGUACGGCAUCACUGUGCUCGCCGGCCUCUUUGUGCACGGACUCAUCCUCCUCCCGCUCUUCUACUUCAUCCUCACCAGGAAGAACCCCUUCACCUACAUCCGCGGGCUGCUGCAGGCCAUGGUCAUUGCCCUGGCAACCUCCUCCAGCUCGGCCACACUGCCCAUCACCAUGAAGUGUUUGUUGGAGAAUUGUCACGUUGACCGGCAGAUCGCUCGCUUCGUCCUCCCCGUAGGCGCCACCAUCAACAUGGACGGAACGGCGUUGUACGAAGCCGUGGCGGCGAUCUUUAUCGCACAGGUCAACGACUAUGAGCUGGACUUCGGCCAGUUGGUCACCAUCAGCAUCACCGCUACGGCUGCCAGCAUCGGUGCGGCCGGCAUCCCUCAGGCCGGCCUGGUUACCAUGGUGAUCGUACUGACAUCAGUGGGUCUGCCGGCGGAUGACAUCACGCUCAUCGUGGCGAUUGACUGGAUCCUCGACAGGUUUCGGACCAUGAUCAACGUCCUGGGAGACGCUCUGGCAGCAGGAAUCAUCGCUCAUCUCUGUCGGAAAGAUUUCCCGCUCAGCGCAACAGGAAAGAGCGUCCCAUCUUACGGCACGCAGACUCCACACACUGCCAACAACUCCCACAGCGUCGACGUACCGAUGACGGAGAUCCACACGCACAAAGACUGCAUGUUCGAGGCGAUGGGCGACUCGAUGGGCGAGGGGCACGCUCACACCGUUUACUACAACAUCUGUCAGGUGUGA